AUCGUAACGUAAUUUAUGAACAGUUGAUAUAUAGUGAACAAUGUUGUGAUUCAUGUGUUUUAUUUAUCGGACAGUUGUGUUAAAAAUGGCGUCAACUGGAAGUGAUUACUUGAUUGAUGGCAAAGACUUAUACUCUUUACGUGUCAUUGAUUUGAAACAAGAGCUUCAAAAGCUAAACAUUGCUUUCAAGAGUAACGCCAAUAAAGCACAGCUUCAGGCGCUUAUCAUUGAGCAUUUAAAAGAUUCUGCAGAAACUGAAGACAAAACAAGCGAAGACUCAACAAAUGAGAUCCAAGAAUCAGUUAAUGACACUAAUAAUGUCCAUUUGGCUGAAGAUGUCAAUCAAGAAUCAGUGACUGACUUAUCCACUGAAGCCGGCAUCACAUCUUCGCUAUCAUUUGGCGACAGAAAUUCAAUUAAAUUGACAAUAAAAUUACAGCCAAAUGAUAGUCCUAAUAGACAAUUGAGUCCAAAGAAGUCGCCGGUAAAAGAGAUGAGAUCUCCAGUUAUUUCUCCAAUUAGACCGGAAGAUGAUGUCAAACAAGUCAAAGAAACAGAGAUUGUCUGCGAGAAAUCAUCUGAGAAACUAAGUCCUGUAAAAGAUGACAUUCAAAAAGAAGUGGUACCAAAAUCUAGGGAAAAGGAUGACUUAAAAGAAGAAAUCACUUCUCAUGUUAUCUCACAACAAGAUUCUGUAUCUGAAGCGCCAAAACAAGAUGUCAUCGACGAUUCGCCACAGAAAUUGACUAAAAUUAUUGACGAGAGUUGUGAUAAUGAAGGCUUAAAUAUCCCACAAUUGUCACAAACAGAUUCAAAUGAUUCCAGUUCUACGGAAAAGACAGAUGAAUCUCAUGAAGAAACUUUAGAAGAGGAAGUAAAUAAAAAAAUUGUUGAAGAAAAAGAUACAAAUGAAGAAGUUGUUAAAAAGUCUGAAGAAUGUAUUGUUACUAACCCUGAAAAAGAAAAGUCAAUUGAAGAACCAGUUGUUACACAAUUGGAAGACGAGAAUAAUAAAGAAGAAAAGGAUAUAAUUAAAGAAAAACUUGUUGAAACAGAAGCUAAAGAAAAGAAUGAAAAGGAAGAAGAAAAGAAUGAAAAGGAAGAAGAAAAGAAUGAAAAGGAAGAAGAAAAGAAUGAAAAAGAAGAAGAAAAGAAUGAAAAAGUAGAAGAAAAUGUCGAAAAGGAAGACGUAAAGAUUGAAAAGAAGAAAGAAAAGACAGAAGAACUUCCUCGUCCUCGAAGGCGACGUUGGGGUGGAUCUAAUGCCAGUGAAUUACAAUCAAAUAUUAGAAAAGGUAUAUCUAGUGAUCAGCUCAAGGAAUUAGUUCCUGAUUUGGAAACAAGUAAUAGCAAUGCAAAUGCUGAGAGUGUGAACACAUCAAAGGUGAGUAAAUCUGAUACAAGUAUUGUUGUAACGAGUAGUCUAUCACACAAUCAAACCACCGCUGAGACCAAUGAAAUAAAUACAAAACGAGACAUUCGUGUCGUCAGAAAAUCAAUUUCUGUUGCAGAAGAGGGUCAGAUUGGUGUCAAUGAAACAGUCAAAUCAUCGCCGCAACAGAAUAUUGAAAUCAGGAAAAAGAUUGUCAUUGAAAAUAAACCUAAAAUUGAAGAACAAUCGCCUAAGAAGCGAGAAGUAUCUCCAGCGAGAAACGCGGCCACAGAAGUGUUGUUUAUCCAAAACCUCGUCCGUCCGUUCACUUUACUGCAACUUAAGGAUGUUUUGGGUAAAAAUGGAAAAAUAAUUGAAGAAAGGUUUUGGAUCGAUAGGAUUAAAUCAAAAUGUUAUGUCACUUACGAAAACAUCGAUGAAGCGAUCGCUACUCGUCAAGCACUUCACGGCACUCAGUGGCCAACUUCUAACCCGAAGCUACUCUCUGUUGAUUUUUCUACUAAAGAAGAGUUGGAUACCUAUUUGGUUGGAGAGACUGUAGUCAACAGAGAUUUAAUUAAAAAUAAUAAUGAAAAUGUAAACAAUAAUAAAUACGAUAUUGUUAUCAAAAAUGAUGAAAACAAACCCGCAUUACAAGAAAAAGAUUCAAAUAACAGUGAGAGUCGACCCAUAAGAGAGUGGGACAGAGAGAAAUUGGUUCCAAAAGAAGAUGAGAGACGCAACAGACGUAGACCUAUCAGUCCUGUUACAAGAGAUCGGAGCCAAGAAAAAGACGUCAAACGUCGUCGACAAGAAACAUCAAAAGAUGGCGAACGUCGAGUGGCAGACUCGACAUCGGGAGACCAAAAAGCAGAAGUUGCUCAACAAGAACCCGAAUCUCCUGCCAAACUAUUGGAUGAUUUAUUUAAGAAAACAACUGCAACGCCCAGUAUAUAUUGGUUACCAUUAACUGAAGAACAGAUUGUUAUCAGAGAUGCACUCAGAGCUGAUGAAGAAAAGAAGCGAAAUGAAGAAAGGAAUACAAGAGAAGAACAUAUGCGACAACGACAAGACGAAAGACGACCUGUCGAUGGAUUUAGAAAUGAACGAAUGCAAAGACAAAUAUCUCCAGUUCGUCGAAACUUUGGUCGCCGUUCACCGCCACGUCGUUCACCACCUCGUCGUUCACCGCCUCGACGUUCACCUAUGGCUCGUCGUUCAUCUCCAAUCCGUCAGCGAAGAUCACCUCCAAAUCGCUUUUCCCGUUCCCGAUCUCCAGCAAUGCGAAAAAAACGAUAACUUAAAGUAAUAUGCGUUACUCUAAUGGACAACAACCUACUCAACACUCACUCCACAUUAAAAUCUAAGAAUUGGACGAAAAGUGCUAAAUAUUGUGAUGGAUUGGUCCAACUGGUUGGACAACGAUUCAAAUGGAUCAGUGGUUCAAAUUGAUCGACAGAUAAUUAAAUGGUAAUAAUUAGUGACUUCGUUCUCUUCUUUACUCUUUCUGUAAUAUUUUUUCAAAUAGUAAGUGAAUGAGUGACUAAUGAUUUCUGUGUGAAAGUGAGUCGUUAUCUAUUAUUUUCCCUUUCUAUGUGUGUUUGGUGUGUGUGUGUAUGUAUGUGUGUGUGUGUGUGUGGUGUGGUGGCUGUUUAAGUAUGUAUAUGUUGUGUGUGUGUGUGGUUGUAUUCAGAAGAGGCGCAUAUAUUUUUUUACAGAAUAAUAAUUGACAUCAAAUCUCAGGUUAUUUUACCAUCAAAAUCGACUAAUUAUUGAAAUGCGAAACAAAUAUAAUAAGUUAAUUAAAAUCGAUUGAAAUCAUUAAAUCAAAUAUUAAUUGAAGUGAAAGACAACAACAAAUGUUUGACAAAUUGGUGUAAUAUUCGUGUUAUUUAUAAUUUCAUUUUAAAUAAGUUGAACUUAAAUUACAAGACACUUACAAAUUGACAAUAUUGUUGAUUAGUUUCAUCACACAAAACAAAUGUCAAUUUAUGUAACAAUGAAAUACAACCAAUCGAUGCUUUGUUUGUAAUUAUAAUUUUGCACAACAUUUUUAUCUUCAUUUCUAUUAAUGCCUUAAAUUCAA